AUGGCAUACGUCACUCGCCCCACCGACGACAACAAGAUUGUCUUCUACCGUAGUCGCCGCCUUGUGCAACAGCGGCUUCGAGCGCUGCAGGACGCCUGGACUGCUCGCAAGGCCGAGGAGAUCCAAACGUGCGACGACCGCAAACGAAUGGAAGAAUUACUUCCCGCGAAAAAGGCUGUCAACGGCCCGCUAACCAAAGCAACCGCUCCUCUUUUCAGGACCGACGACAGAACCCUACUAACUAAGUAGACACAAAUCCUACAGCGAAGGGCUGAGCACUUCAGAGGCGUCCUCAAGCGUCCCGCCACCAUCUACGAUGCCGCUAUCGUCCGUCUGUCUCAAGUGGAGACCAACACUUACCUUGAUCGCCCACCCUCUCUCUACGAAACCAUCUGGGACGUGCAGCAGCUCUCCAGUGGUAAAACGCUCGGAUCGGACGCGAUUCGUGUUGAGAUCUACAAGCACGGCGGUCCCCAACUCAUGGAACAUCUGACGGCGCUCCUUCAGAAAAUUUGGUGUCACGGAGAGGUUCCCCAGGAUUUCAAGGACGCCACAAUCGUUCAUCUCUAUAAGCGAAAAGGUGGCCGCCAAAUCUGCGAAAACCAUGGAGGCAUCCCCUUGCUGAACCGCGCAGGGAAGAUCUUCGUUCGCAUCGUUCCCAACCGCCUGAACCACCAUUUGGAACCAGGUCUCCUGCCGGAAAACCAGUGCAGCUUCCACCGUCAUCGCGAAACCACCGACAAGAUCUUCGCCGUCCCUCAACUGCAAGAGAAGUGUCAGGAGAUGCGGUGCUCCCUCUGCUCUACCUUCGCCGAUCUGAAGAAAGCCUUCGACACGGUGAAUCGCGAAGGGUUGUGGAAAAUCAUGCAGAAAUUCGGCUGUCUCUAA